AGAAAAAAUAAUUUUACAAAAUCCUUAAAUUACAUAUAAUUUAUUUCGUUGAUUUUCUUCAUUUCUCAGUUCUUAUUGGCUUUGUGUUUUUAGUUUCAUUUGCUUUAGUUUUUUCUUAGAAAAUAUAAACAAAAUAAAAACAUUAACUAAGUAGAGUCUCAAGUCAGCAGCAGCGGCAGCCGCCAUCCCACACACUUCACACUCACCGCACAAAAGUUGUCCUAUUCUUUCUUUGAUUUUAUUUAAUUCUAUUUCCUUUAAAUGGACUUAAAUAAAUUGUAGAGCUUAAAGUGAAGCACACUGAAAUAAAAGUCGAAUCAAAAUUUGGCCUCUUAAUCAUCCAACAAAAUCAUAAUCACACACUUUAGCGAUUUAUUUGCGUGCAAUUAUCCAAUGAUAUCGAAUUUGUGGCGGCGUCUUACGCUGCGUGUAGAACAAAACUUAACAGCUGCAUAUUUUAGAGGUCAAAAACUAAGGAAAAUUGGAAUCAGAGGAAUGCAUAGUUCAAUUGAGGAAGUUAAAAUGAGCGAUAUGCACGUUAAGAUCCUGCCAGCCUUACAGGACAACUUCAUGUAUCUGAUCAUCGAUACAGCAACUAGGGAAGCCGCAAUUGUUGACCCAGUUGAUCCUGAUUGUGUCAUUAAGGCGGUGGAAGAUGAAGCAGUGAAGUUGACCAAAGUUCUCACCACCCAUCAUCACUGGGAUCACGCUGGGGGAAACGAGAAAUUGGUAAAGCAAUUUCCAAGUCCUUUAGUUGUGUAUGGCGGUGACGACCGCAUUGGGGCAUUGACCGAUAAAGUCGGCCAGGACUAUACUUUCCAAAUAGGAAAACUGAGUGUGCGUUGCUUGUUCACUCCAUGCCACACCGUCGGGCAUAUCUGCUACUAUGUCGAAUCGCCAGCCGGGGAGAAAGCUGUCUUCACUGGAGACACACUCUUCCAAGCCGGAUGUGGAAGAUUUUUCGAAGGAACCGCUGAGGAAAUGUACUCAGCGUUGAUUGAAAAACUAUCAUCUCUAUCCGAUGAAACGCAGGUCUUCUGUGGCCAUGAGUACUCCCUUCAGAACCUCUCAUACGCUAGGCAUGUUGAGCCAUUGAAUGAGAAUGUCCUCAAGCGGAUUGAAUGGUGCAAACUGAAGCGUGCCGAAUCGAGUCCAACUGUUCCAUCGACAAUUGGUCAGGAGAAAUUAUGGAAUCCAUUUAUGAGAGUUCACAAGGAGUCGGUUCAGAAGCAUGCUGGCGAAAAGGAACCAAUUCCGACAAUGCGAAGUCUGCGCAAGGAGAAGGAUUCGUUUAAGGGUUAAAUGGAAUUCGAAUGAAGGGAUGGAUUGGGUUGGGGGUUUGGGUAAUUUCUAGAAGGAAGAAUUUCUUAGAAGUAAAACGCACAAAUUGAUUUGAUUUUUGUUUUCUUUUUCUAUCGCUAUAUCUAAUAAAAUUGGAAUCUUAUUGUUUUCUUUUGUUGUAAAUAAAAAUGUUUAAACAAAAUA